UUUGAAGAAAUAAGAAUGGACAAUGAGAGAGAGGGUUUUCCUAUAACUGCCAUUCGUGAAAUUAAAAUUCUGACGAAAUUACACCAUGAAAAUGUUAAGUUGAAAGAGAUUGUGACAUCCCCAAGCCCUGAGAUAGACCAGCAAGGGAAGCCAGAUCAUUACAAAUAUAAAGGUGGUAUCUAUAUGGUAUUUGAAUACAUGGACCAUGGUUUGACUGGUCUUGCAGAUCGACCUGGGAUGAGAUUUACAGUUCCCCAGAUCAAGUGUUACAUGAGACAGCUUUUGACGGGGCUUCCUUAUUGUCAUGUGAAUCAAGUACUUCAUCGUGACAUAAAAGGCUCCAAUCUUAUAGACAAUGAAGGCAAUCUGAAGCUUGUAGAUUUUGGUCUUGCAGGAUCAUUUUCUAAUGACCACAAUGCAAAUCACCUCCUAAAAGCUCCAAAAAACAAACCCUGCCAGCCCCAAUGUCGUACUCUCUCAAGUUCUCCUGUUUUCUUCCUUUCUGUUCAGCCUCCAAUCGCGUCUGAUUUAACUAAACUUUGCAUUGUCCGCCGUGACGCAGCGGAUGCAUGGUACAGAAGCCCAACUCAUGAUUUAGGUCCUUCAGUUGGGCCCAGAUACUUGAUCAAUGAGUCUCUCAUUUUUGUUGUAUUUGAAGCUCUUGAUGUUUAA